GAGUGAGCUUUUUGCUUUGAAAUUGAGUAGACGUGAAACGAGUGAAUUCUCAUAUAAGGUACAUAAAGUGAUUGGGAGCAAGACUUAACAUCUGUGUAGAAAUUAAAACUAUUUUAAGUGUUUAAGUGUGCAUUUUACAAUGGGGAAAGAUUAUUAUAAAAUUUUAAACAUCCAAAGGGGUGCAAGCGAUGAUGACAUCAAAAAAGCAUAUCGAAAACUUGCCCUAAAAUACCAUCCUGACAAAAAUAAAGCAGCUGGAGCAGAAGAGAAAUUUAAAGAGGUUGCAGAAGCCUAUGAAGUAUUAUCAGAUAAGAAAAAAAGAGAAAUCUACGAUAAAUAUGGCGAGGAAGGGCUACAUGGAAAUCCUGAAGGAACAGGCAACAGUUCUUCUGGCACAAACUUCUCUUACACAUACCAUGGUGAUCCAAGGGCAACGUUUGCUCAGUUCUUUGGCAAUCCAAGUCCCUUUGCAACAUUCUUUGACAACAGAAUGUUUGGAGCAAUGCAUGAUGAUGAUAUAGAUGUUGAUGAGCCAUAUAUGUUCCUUGGAGAUUGGAGACAACCAAGAGAGGGUCCAGGUGGUGCAUUCAGAAGCCAUUCAUUUAACUUUCAUAAUGCACCUAACAGAAGACAAAAUGCAGACAAAAUUCAAGAUCCAGCAAUUGAGCAUGAUCUCUAUGUCUCCUUGGAGGACAUUACCAAAGGGUGUCAGAAGAAAUUGAAGAUCUGUAGAAGAGUGAUGCAGCCUGAUGGAUCAACAAAGAAAGAAGACAAAGUGUUAACAAUAAAUGUAAAACCUGGAUGGAAAGCUGGUACCAAAAUUACAUUCCAACGAGAGGGAGACCAGGGCAGAAAUAAGAUACCUGCAGACAUUGUUUUUAUCAUCAGGGACAAACCACAUCCACUAUUCAAAAGGGAAGGCAGUGACAUCAAGUAUACAGCUAAAAUAUCACUUAAACAGGCCUUGUGUGGCUGUACCAUUGAAGUACCAACCAUGUCUGGAAAAUCCAUUCCUCUUGUAUAUACUAAUGAAAUUAUCAAACCAACCACAGUUAAACGUCUCCAAGGAUAUGGUUUGCCUGUACCAAAGGAACCAAAUAGACGAGGAGAUUUAAUUGUUAACUUUGAUAUUAUAUUUCCAGAACCCCUCUCACAAUCUGCACGAGAUAUUAUUUAUGAUACUUUACCAAAUUAGGGUUAACUGUAUAAUAAGUUCCCUAUUUGUUUGUACGUUAUAGUACAUAUAAAUGUGACUUUUUAUUGUAUUUAUGUAUAAAUCAAAUAAUGUAUAUUUUGUAUACGUUAUUUAUUUUGAGUUAUAUAUUAUUGUGUAUAAAUAAAACUUUAAGGUAUAAGAUAGGUAUUAUUUACAUUUAAUUAUGUCAGGAUGGCCAAAUUUUCUAUACUGGUGAAAAAUUAUAAUGUAAAUAUUGUGUAAAGUGUUUUUUUAGUGUCAAUUAUAAAAAAUUUGAGUUAAUAAAAUAUUUUUUUACUUUC